AUGGACGUAGCCAGGAAAAUGACAGCAGAAAAGAGAAGUUCAUGGGAGUGGUGCAUUAAAAUUGCUUUAUGGAUGAUUGUUUUGGUAUAUUGGGUUGCUGGUGGUGUGUUAAUAAUCACAGGUGUGUGUAUUCAAGUGAAACUCCAGAAUGCUUUUGUGGUACUGAAUGAAGCUGCUUCAGGAGUACCUGUGACUAUAACAGUUAUUGGUGCGCUUAUUCUCAUUCUGUCUGGCUUUGGAGCAAUUGCUUUAUUCAUAUCUAACAAAGCCAUGAUCAAAUUGUUCACAGGUUUGCUGGUGUUGUUCCUGAUCACUGAAACCCUAGUUGUUGCCACUGCCUAUGCAUGCAGAAUAAAGCUACUACAGACUGUAUCCAAAGAUUUCAUGAGGAUUCUGAACAAGUAUGAUAAGAUAGUGGUGGUCACUAAGGGGGUGGAUAAUCUCCAGGCAGAGUUUCAAUGCUGUGGUGUGGAGAACUAUUCAGACUGGAGAAACACAACCUUUGGACUGCGCUCUUCCUCUGUCCCCAAAAGCUGCUGCAAAGUGCCUGUGGAAAACUGUGUUACUCUUCUAAACAAAGAUAUGGUUGGCGUUAAUCAGGAGGGCUGUCUUCUAAAACUAAAGCUAUGGACUGAAAGAAACAUUUCUACACUUGGAGGACUUGCAGUUCUUAUAGUAAUUGGUCAGGUAAGCAUAAUAGGCUUAAAUAAAGGACUACAGUAAUAGCAUUUGGUGCUUGGUUGGAGAGACAAAUCUGUAGGCCCAGACUUUCAAAGUUAAAAACAUUUGAGAUCCUUAACACUGCUUCUCUUGUAUGGUAGCUCUAUCACGCUAUUGCUUUCAGUAGAGCUUAGAGCUAAAUGCCAUCUAACUGGAAUGAUCAAUUUCAUUUUCCUACGUGUCAGAAUUAAAUCACUUUCACCAUGUUCUGUAUUUUCUCAUCAGGUAACUGGGAUCAUGCUUUGCUAUAUUCUGCUGAAAAUAAUAAACGAAGACUAUGACAUCUGUGAAAAAGCUUAAGAAGCCAGCAUUCAUUUUGUGACUACAAAAUUGAAUUGAACUUGAAAUACAA